GGUGAACAUCCGUCCCUCUGAUGGCUGGCAUGGGGAUGUCUGAAAAAAGAAGUAACCACAUUUAACAAAACAAUGAGUGACAAUAUUGAGACACAAACUGUGACAAAGACAGGGCUCUGGUUUGAGCGAACCCGUGACCGAGCGGUGGGAGGCGGCAUGAAGGAAACGUUAGUGCGCUUGCGCUAUGGGCUGCACCAUGCAGCAGCAGCAGCAGCAGCAGCAGCAGCAGCAGCAGCAGCAGCAGCAGCAGCAGCAGCAGCAGCAGCAGCAGCAGCAGCAGCAGCAGCAGCAGCAGCAGCUUCAUGCGCCACUGAACAACUUUCAUAGGAAAAGACGGGGCCCCUUCACUGAUCAUUCUAGCAAAGCAAAUCAAUAUCUUACCAUCAACUUGAUUUUAUUACUUGCAAAAUAACAUAUUCAUAAAUCAAUCACAUAUUCAUAAAUCUAAG